AAUGAAAAUAAUCCUUCUUCAUGGUAUCAGAGCCUAACCAAAAACCCUAAUCUCUCCUCUCACCUUUCGGCCUCCUUCCUCCUCCGCCGAAUCACCGGCGCCGCCGCCCUCCCUCUCCUUCUCUCUCGGCCGGCCAUCUCCUCCUUCCUAUCAUGGCUAAAAGUGAGAUCACCUCUCAGUCUACCUCCCAAAAACCUCCUCAUCUGGCUUUCUCUGUCUCCAACGUCAAAUUACAUGUCCCUAUUCAAUUGAGCUUUUCUCAACCAAACUACAAAAAGUGGAGCCGACUGUUUCUUCUUCUCACAAGUCGGUUCAACCUCCACGGUUAUCUUGAUGGCUCUAUCGCUCCCAUCUCCGACGACGACGAUGAAUGGUUUCAACUUGACGCCAUUCUCCAGGGUUGGAUUCUCUCCACUAUCACGGAUGAAGUCUCUGAUCUGGUUAUCUCCUCCGUCUCUACUGCCUCUGCUCUCUGGGAGAUGAUUCAUGAUCUAUUUCACGACAACAAACAUGCUCGCGCCAUGCAACUCGAGCACCAAUUCCGCACCACGGUCAAGGGAUCUACCCCCAUGGCCACUUAUUGUCAAGAACUCCGAAAUAUUGCGGAUUGGUUGGACGACGUCGACGCUCCCGUCUCGGAGCACCAAUUGAUUCUUCAGAUGCUACGCGGCCUCCCCGAUGAUCUCCAGGCUCAGACCUCGUUCCUCCAAUUUCAGGAUCCUAUGUCGAGCUUUCUUCAGGUCCGAUCGGCCCUUCUCCUUCUUGAUCGGCAAAGGACCCCACUGGGCAGCACCAGCAGCACGGCGCUGCUGGCAGGGCACGGCGGCAGCGGCUACACCGGCGGACAGCACAGCGGCAACGGCGGGCGCGGCUCCGGCAGUGAUUUCGGCAGUGGGGGACACUUUUUUGGCAGCAACUCUGGUGAUGGUUCCUCCUCCGGGCAGCGUGGUGGCUUUGGACGCGGACAAGGGCACGGCAACGGCAACCGGGGUCGUGCACUACUACAGAGUAUCAUACAGCAGCUUAAGGCUGAAUUCGCCAUGACCGAUAUGGGUGAUCUGCACUUUUUCCUUGGGAUCAAUGUUCACCGCACAGCUUCUGGCCUUUUCCUCCACCAGACUCAGUUUGCUCACGACAUCCUUGAGAGGGCAGGGAUGAUUUCCUGUCGACCUAUAUCGACCCCGGUGGAUACAAAGGCGAAGCUGUCUGCGUCUGCUGGCACGGCACUCUCUGACCCCUCUCUUUACCGGUCCAUCGUUGGUUUCCUAGAUGGUCUCUCCUACCAUAAUUAGGAUUGAGACUUUUGUAUAUAUACAUGUACUCUCCUCACAAAUUAUUCAAUGAAAAUAAUCCUUCUUCACACAUCAUAUUUUCAAAACAAGUAGCGGCCUAGUGUUGAGUGUAAACACCUUAGCUUCCACUUUCUGUCAUGCAACACAUAAGGUCUCGGAAUCGAUCAGAGACUUGAUUGGAACAACAAAUGAUGAUAGUAUACGAUAUUUCUGGAACAAAGAGAAUAUUAGUCU